AACAAACACUGCAAGGUUUUUUUAAUCUGUGCAAUAACUUAAAAGUGCAUUCUAAAAUAAAAUAAAUGUUUUCCUAAUUUUUGCUUAUUAAUAAAAAUAGGUGAAGAAAUGAGCUUAAAAAUGACUAUUUCAAUAAAUAAAACAUAAUGUCAUACAAAUUCCAUCAUCAAUUAUCAUCUACAGGUAGAUGGCGCUAUCUAUGAGCUCGCUAUGCUAUUUGAGAGAAGGGGCACGUUAGCCUUAAGUGGAACAAAAUUGAUGACAGGAACGGAGAAAAGCUUUGCCUAGCAAUUGGAAAAUAUCGGCUUACAGCGUUUGAAGACCUUUGAUGUUAGCAAUGCGAGCUCUUCCAGGACCUGGUAAUGUGGUUAAAGAGUACACCGAUGACCAACGGCAAGGCGAAAUGGGUGAGAAGGUGUUGAUGUUGGCGCCGUUGGUGCUCCUAGUUUUAGGAAGCGUUGAUGCUCAACGCUACCACAACUACUAUGCCCGCAACUACCUGGGCCGUGACCUGUACGAGCACGGGCGCUCGAUCUCCGACAACCUGGUGACGUGCGGGCCUCACACCUGCGGCUCGGGAGCGCACUGCAUCCACGGCAGCGUGCGGCCCGUCUGCGCCUGCCUGCCUGGAUACUCCGGCGAUGCGCUUACCACCUGCGUCAAGAUCGAAUGUAUCGACAACAGCGAGUGCCGCAGCCACCAAAGCUGUGUGAACCAGCACUGUAUCGACCCCUGCGUUGGGGCCUGCGGAGUCAAUGCUAACUGCGAUGUCCGCAACCACAUCCCCGUCUGUACUUGCCCCGCUGGUUAUACCGGCAACCCCUUCAGCUCUUGCAGAAUCGCCGACCCAGAAGAAGCUUGCCACCCAUCUCCCUGUGGAGCCAACACCCACUGCCACGUCGCCAACAACCAAGCCAUCUGUACCUGUCUGCCUGGAUACAGGGGUAGUCCGCUAACUGGUUGCCACCACGAGUGCGAGUCUGACGGCGAGUGCGGCGCCCAGCAGUCGUGUCGCGACUUCAAGUGUGUGAGCCCCUGCAGCGACUGCGGAGUCAACGCCGACUGCGAGACCGUUGCCGCCCACCGCGCCAUCUGCAAGUGCCCUAGGGGUUACCACGGCGAUCCCUACAGGAUCUGUUCCGCGGAAUGUACCUCAGACGGCGAGUGCCCCAGCUACAAGCCCGCUUGCAUCUACAACGCCUGUGUGGACCCCUGUAUCAACGCCUGCGGAACCAACGCCGAGUGCCAUCUCCGUGGACUGACCCCAGUCUGCUCCUGCCCACGAAACAUGACCGGAGACCCCUUCUCCUACUGCAGGCCUUUCGAAGCCCGUGACCUUUGCGAGCCCAACCCUUGCGGUGCUAACGCCAAGUGCACUCCCGGACACGACCGCACUGGGGCCGAGCGGCCCGUGUGCACCUGCCCUACUGGCUACAUCGGCAACGCUCUUGUAUCUUGUGAACGCGGUGAAUGUGAGCUGGACUCCCAGUGCGCAGACCACUUAGCCUGCGUUGGUUACCGUUGCGUAGACCCCUGCCUUGGCAACACUCAGUGCGGCUCUGGAGCCGUCUGUAUGGCUCGCAGACACAUUGCUGUCUGCACUUGUCCCAAUGGACGCAACGGUGAUGCUCUAGUCAACUGUUACGACUCCCAGUCAGUGGUAGCCACUGGCCGCUACUACAGGUUCAAGCGUGAUGGCAACUACACCAGCCAGCCUGAAGCCGACGCUCCCAAGGAGGUCGAAGCCCCCGCCGCCGUCGUCACAGAACUCAAGGCAGAAACUAAAAUGACCGUUGAAGACAAAAAAGAAUAAAAUAGCUGACCCCUGAACUCGACUAAAACAAAUAGUAUAAAGCUGACAGACACCAUUUGACAUUUCAGGAUGUUUGUCGUAGUUCCACUGCUUUCAUAAAAAAAAAACAAGUUUUUUUCAGAAAGCAUUGGUUUUAACUUUCAAUUCGAUGAGCAAACAAACUUUUUUAUCUGAUUUUUUUUAUAAUAACGCUCUCUUUUUCUAUUGUUUUAUGAAACAAAAAGAAGAGAAAUGUUGUACUAGUAAUUUAGUUGUUUAUUUAUUACAAAUUGAAUUGAAAGUUUGAACCGGUCAUGAUGCGUUUUUGCAAGUAUUAUGACGCCAUUAUCCACUAUUCGUUUUAUACUGAGUAAAACCGAUUAAAUAAAAAAGCUGUCUAGCUAAGUUUUUGGAUGAAAAUGAUUACUAAUAAACAAACUGCCAAUUUCAA